CAAGGUCAUAAAGCCAGUUUGAAUAAAUUGCAGUUUGUCCAGAAGGAGGUUAUUUUUCUGGGCCAUAAACUUACACCGGAGGGUAAAUGUCUCAGCACAGAUAGAAUAGAAGCAAUUGUUGGUAUCCCAAAACCUCUUACUAAAACUCAACUCCUGUCCUUUCUGGGCAUGACAGGUUUCUGUAGGCAAUGGGUUCCUGAAUAUGCCCGUUUGGUACAGCCCUUGCAGGAUAUGGCCUAUGGCCAGAAGCUUGCUUCACAUGAUAGGGUUGUGUGGACUCCUGAGGGGGAUGAUUCCUUUACUUCUCUGAAACAGGCCCUAACUACCUCUCCUACUUUAGGGCUCCCCGAUCCUAAAAAGAAGUUUAUCCAAGCAGUGUGUGAAAAGGACGGUUAUAUGUCCUCUGUCUUAAUGCAGAAACAUGGGGAUAAGCUGAGGCCAAUUGCAUACUUUUCUUCUAAAUUGGAUGCUGUAGCACAAGGCCUUCCCUAUUGUCUGAAGGCUGUGGCAGCGGCGGCUGAUGCUGUUCUGCGUUCACGACCUCUGGUGUGUUAUCAGCCGCUUGAGCUACGGGUUCCUCAUUCUGUUGCCUCUAUUUUGUUGGAACACAAGACUAGUCAUCUGUCUGGGGCUAGGUUUCUACAUUACCAUAACAUUUUGCUGUCAUUGCCCCAUCUCACUGUUGUAAGGAGUCCUGUUUUAAAUCCGGCCACUUUCCUCCCUACGGAGGUGGAUGGUGAGCCGCAUGACUGCCUUGCUGCUAUUAACCAACAGUGUACCCCUCGUGAUGACUUGUCUGAUGUACCUCUGCCGAAUUGUGAUCUUGUUUUUUAUGUUGAUGGGUCUGCCAGUAAAUCUCCUAUUUCCACUGUUAAUCAUGUUGGUUAUGCCAUUGUCACGGAUCAUGAUGUGAUAGAGGGUCACAGACUGCCACAUCACCUCUCCGCUCAAGCAGCGGAGCUGUUUGCUCUCACUCGAGCUUGCAUUCUGGCUGAGAGUCUAAGUGUUACCAUUUACACGGACAGUAGAUAUGCCUUUGGUGUUGUACAUGAUUUCGGUACGUUGUGGAAAAUGCGGGGGUUUAUUACGUCUACUGGUACUCAGAUCCAACAUGGGCAACUUAUUCGUAACCUGUUAGAAGCUGUCCUGUUACCUAGGGAAGUGGCGAUAUGUAAAUGUGAGGCCCAUACUACUGGCAGAGAUGUUGUUUCCCUUGGGAAUCGCAGAGCAGAUGCGGCUGCCAAAGCUGCUGCCCAGGCCCCUCCUCAUUCUGCUCUGCAGAUGACCCAUCUGACCCCCACGGUUUCCCUCUCUGAUCUUGUUGAAGUGCAAUCUCAGGCUUCACCUAAGGAGAGAACCGCCUGGAGAAAGGCGGGGGCGUCUUAUGUGGAGAUGUUAUGA